AUGGAGGCUUCCGUUCUCCCCGUCGUUUGCUUCUGUGUUCUUGUUGCCUCUAUCUUCUACAUUUUCUACAUCAACCGAGUUGCUGCAUGGAUCAUCACUGUUAUCCUCCGCGUUCGCUACUGGAACCAGGGCGGCUCCAGCAUAUGGGUUCACAUUGGGUCUAUCAACUUCUCUGUUCUCGCUGGGAGAAUAUUGCUUAGGGAUGUGAGGUACCACUCAAGUAACCAAACCAUCAAGAUCGUGAAGGUGCAGCUUUCAUGGCGGUGGUGGCUUCGCGUACCUGCGACUGAGGACGAUCUCAACCGCGCGCACCUCGCGGGAGAUGGGGACGACUUUCAUCACUCCCUUCCGUUUCCCCCAUGUCGUGUUAAGGUGACCCUUCAAGGUUUCCAAUGGUUCCUGUACAACCGCACACCUGCAUACGAUAACAUUGUUUCUCAAAUGCAAGAGAAGUGCCCUACUAUGCAACACAGUGCAUCGGCAUCACAAUCGGAGCCUCGUCGCAUCUUUUCCCGCAAUUCAGGUUUUGAGGGUACCGCACUGUAUCCUGCAUCUGCGCUGGCGAAUUUGAAAGCGCCCCAGAUGAUCCACUCUGGGCUUGACUGGAUUAAGCGCCAGCUGCCCUACCUUGAUCCCAUGGAUCUACUUCCAAUCUCCAUCGAAGGUGUCAAAGGAUCCAUUGUGUGCGGCAAUGCAUCGACCCCAAGCCUUAUGGUUGCCGAGUUUGGUCAUGCCUAUGGAAGGUUUGGCAUUGUUCAGGCUCGCUCAAGAUGCGACCUGUACAAGCAACUCCUGAAGCUCAAGUUUGACGAUGUUCUCGUCCAGUUUGUUGAGAAUGAGCAGUAUCGAGGCAGUCCGAUUGCAAUUGGGCGCUCCAUCCAUGAGCGCGUCGAAUCCUCGAGAUACGCAGAAAUUUCUUCUGUCUCUUAUCUGCCUUUCAAAACUUUUGCGCGCAUCUGGAAGCGUCUGUCUGUUUACGGACAAGUACUCAAUCCUCGCCACCCGCCAGUGGGUUCUACGUCACGAACACUUAAUCUUCCUCGGUUUCUCCCUGGCCGUCGCACCAACAAGAGCGUAGAUGAGGAUCACAUUGGCGUGGACUUCAACACGCUCGAAUACGCAAUAGAACGUAAGAUCAUCGAGUGUCCUGUUCUUGACCUGUCGUACUACGCGGACAUUGUCGGAGACGUACCGCAUGAGCGAACAAGAGUGAAAGGGAAAGGGCUUGAGUCAUUCGAUGUAGGUAACGGAGAUUUACCCCCUGAGUGGGGUGUAGACCUUGUCAUUCGAAAUGGGACGCUUCGCUAUGGCCCAUGGGCAGAUCGUCAACGGGUUCAACUCCAGAGGGUUUUAUUUCCGUCAACUUUUCACGACUUGGAGCCUUCGCCAUACUUGCGACCAGGCGACAAGCGAACAUGGACGGCAAUGAAGGUGUUCGUUGAGCUGCGCGAGGAAACUUCUUUGCAUAUCCCCUUCAGAGAGCCAUCGAAGAAUUGGAUGUGGGACGGAGCUGCCAGCUACUCGAGACCUCGCACCAGAGAGCAGGCGUCAAUUCAUAUAUUAGCGGGAGACAAUUCUUCUAUCAGCUACCUCUUGCCAAUGGUUGUCGGCCCCGACGGCUAUGAGCCGCGUCUUGAGGUCCACCUUGACACAAUAUCCAUUACUUCAAGUUUGAACGAUAUCAAACUAGUUGGUGCCGAGUCAUGCAGGAUACACGCUGGCAUGCCAUCACCUUUGAAGUGGAACGCAGAGCGAGACUGGUCGUUCUCGAUCUCAUUCCGUCAGCCCACCAUCUAUCUUCUUCGUGACCACAUCAACAUGUUCACGGACCUUUCUCGAGACUGGGUGUCAGGACCGCCGGGAGACCCCAACCAUUUUGUACCAACUAACUAUCUGCUGAAUGUUGACCUGCAUCACUUCAACCUCAAUCUCUACGCGAACGAUCAGAACAUUAUCGACAAGCCACUCAUCAAAGAGUCUAACGUACUCGUAACAGCCCGAGCUUCUCUCCUCCACACGGCUGUGAGCAUUCCGUCUAACGCUUACCGCCCCGAAGCAUCCACUAUUCCAUUUUGUGUGGAUAUUCCGGAUGUCACGUUCAGUAUAGCUCUGCCGAGGUGGAAUACCCAAUACCUGUACUCUCCUGACAAAGAACAUCAUGUGCUGCGCGCCGGGACAUUCAACAUCGAGGCAUCGUAUCAUUAUUUCGCUGAGGUUCACCCCGAGAAUGUUGAGCAGCUCAAACUUCAGUUCAAGACAGCCGACGUGUCGUUCCGAAUGCUGGGAUGGGCUGUACGAUACAUAAUGGUACUGCGAGACAACUACUUCGGUUCGUUCACCCACUUUUCUACGCUAUACGAAUACCUGGAUAAGCGAGAACGGCUCAAACUGGUCGGUGAUCCUGUGGAAAUGAAGUACCGUCCUGGCAAAUCAAAUAUAAUGCAAGUAGAGCUGUCGCUCACUCUCGAUAACGGGUCUAUCCUUAUGCCCGCAGGUAUUCCUGGGUAUGAGGAUGCUGACGAUCAUGGAAACUGUGGAGCUGCAUUGGCGCUUAAUUUGCCGGAGCUACAGGUGGACUUGAGACUGCACGAUUAUUUCAUGGAAAUGUCUUUGAACGUUGACACGAUUACCGGCAGUGUCCUAGAUGCAUGUGAUGACGAAGAGUUCUUGAAGCACGGCUUGUCCGAGUCCAAGGACAUGGUGAUUAUUGAUGGAAUCGACAUCACUGGAAACAGACUCUUUGGCCCACAACCCCGUACUCGUACUUAUAUUUGCAUCUGGGAACUUCAGAUCGGCAAGGUCAAAUCAGCGCUGUCCGCCUACGACGGACGGGUGAUGGAGGCUGCGUUCAGCACAUUUGGGAUGAACUACUCGGAUAUCGUGAAUGCUCCGGCUGCGGAAUUUGCUAUUUCGGUUGAUCCAGAUGUCACUUUUGUGAAGUUAAGUGUGGAGGGGCUUGUUAUUCUGUGGCAUGCCGGACCCGCUGCUGUGGAAAUCUCCUUACCGCAAGGCCUUGAACUCCAAACGAACGAUUUGGAAAGCUACAUGUGCAGCAAGAUACUGAGUCUCAGAGUUCCCUUGGCUAUGAUCAAGGUCUUGCUUUCUUCACCAUCAUCUCGUCGCUCUUGGUCCGAGGCGGCUAGCGUAACCUUUGAUCUGAACCUCGACAACUAUGCUGCUCCCAAAGUCUUGCCCGACGUUCAGGCCGACUACGUCAGAGCCCAAGAUGAACCGACACUUCGAGCAUAUCACCUCUUCCAACAAAUUGACAGCCAUUUUAAUGGAGGGCAGCCUUUGAAGCAAUUUCUGCAUGCCAAUGGCGUCUACCUACCUCAACUAAAGGUUAACCCUUUUGUAUCAACUAUGUCCGAAGUCGAGGCUACCGCAGCACCCAAUCCGAGAUGGUCUCAACACCCAACUCAGCAAUCAGAUUCUGAAGGAGAAGAGCACAUCUCUGAAGCAGUCAGAGACGCACGGCUAGCGCGGAGUCGUCUUGCAAUUCCCAUUACUCCUGAUGAUCGAGACAAUAGCAUGUCGGAUGGUGAUGAGUCCGAUGAUGCAGAUCUAACAGAUAGCGACUUCUCCGAUAGUGACUGGUCGAUGGCUGAUGCUGCCAAAGAUUCCAAAGCUCUUUUUGCGCAGUAUCAGCAGUUCGUACGGCAGUAUCGAGAGAUAGCUCUAACCUCUCCACUGUUAUGGGAAGAGUCGCCUUUUUUGCUAACAAAGAAUGUAUCUGGUAUGACGCCUGGCGACGAAACCAAGCAUCGCUGCAAUGACUUCUGUCCAAGCAGUCGAACCGUUCCGAAAGGAUUUAUGACUGGAUUCCCUCAAGGCUUGCGAGCCGAAGUCAUCAAGGGCGUGCGCAUACAGGUUACUCCUCUCAUCAUUCUUGCAGCCGAGCAUCUCGAAAUCGAGUUAAGUGCAAAGCGUCUAAGCACCCAGCUUUAUCUGGACGACUUGAUGUCCAGACACAUCAAAGCUCUGACUGGGGAUUCGACAAUUGGACCACCUUCUUGUACGGAUAUCCGGAUUUCUAGCGUCUGUUCAAGGAUUGUAAAGCAUGCAAGUGCCACUCAGAGCCAAGACUCUGCUGCAGAUUCGUCUUUUUUUGCUUUGAUUACUCUUCGCCUUAGCCAAAUUCAUGCUCGGAUUGAUAAAACAGCUUCGGAUAGGAAACCUCUUCUUGUUGCGCACGCGGCCGCACAAGAGGCUUGUCUUACCUUCAAUGUCAGUGACUCCGUACACCAACGACGUAGUUCUGGUAAUACAAGCGGGGCCAAAAUCGUUCUGGAGGAUAUAGCAGCACAAUAUGAGCCUAGAAGUCUCAGUUUAGGCGCAAACUCUAUAUCACUAUCUCUUGGGGCAAACGAAUUAGAAAGGAUGAUGGAUGCCUGCCAAGAGCUAUUGCAGGAGGCCGACAAACUAUCCCAAGUUGUGAAGAGAUCUCAGCGUGAUGCUUCACUAUUCGCCCAAAGGAUGAUGUACUUUAUCCUUCUUCGAGAGAAGCACAAGCCCGCCGUCGAUCCUCUGUCGACAAUCCAGCCAUCACUUCUCGUACAACGUGACCAACCUCAGAAGAUACGCACGGAUGCGGCUUUCAAGUUUCUGUUCCAUGCCCGCAGCGCUUUACCUGGAAAGGCUGACCCGUCCAUUCUACCCCCACGAGAUCCUCCCGAGGAUGCACUCAAGGAACUUACCGAAGAACUGAUGGCAACAUGCCUGAACAGUUUGUCGGAUGUUGAUACCACUAGCGACGCUCUACCAAUCCUACUGGCAAUGGUUCACCCUUCAAGUCACAAGGAUGCUGUCUCCAAGCUUUCUGGUCAGGACCCCCAAGCGGGUACUAUCAACAUUGGUUCUUUGGACCUAGCGCUCUUCAAUGACACUGGACAGAAAUCAAGUUACCUACAUAUUGACGGAAUGAAGAUCAGGGCUAGUACGGGUCGCACGGCGCAAGCGCUCUCACUGAACCCUUCCUUCUCCCAGUCAUCAGUACGCAGCUAUGAUGGACCAAGGACUGAAUACAUCGCUGGAGCCUUCUUCGUAGAAGCCAUAGAUGCUCAAAUAAAUCCCUAUCUCAUGAAGUUUGCCCAAUCCGUCCUUCGAGUCGGGAGACGUUUACGAAUGGAGACGCCUCUGUUGAAGCCGACCAUGACACCAAAGCCCAGGGCCGCCACCCCUCGUCGGAUCAUCGUUGUUCUUACCAGUAGACGCGCUGAUUUUCGCGCUGUUGCAGAAAAUCUUGUCUUUCAGCUUACCGGCACAGAUUUGAACUCUACUUCGUCAAUUUUGCUUAAGUUGCCUAGUGAUGACAAGUCGACUCUUCCUUACAUGGACCACUCGUUCCAAUGCGGUAGCUUCGCCUUUCACUUCGGAUCAACUCCAAAGACUCAGGCACCCACAAAUCGAGACAUAUUGGCGUCACUAGAGUUCAUUGGCAGCAAACUCAGCGCGACUAUUCGACCAGAGUCUUCCAGCCCCAACGUCAAGGUUAUAGUCUCGACAAGCGAAAUUAUCCUAAGCGUCCCUCGUAGCGCCCUGCGGCUUUACAGAUUUAUUGAAAGUUGGAGACAAGACUUCCUCCCCGGCAUUGAGGCAACGAUGGCUGCGUUCAUAUCGGAACUAAAGACAACAACGCCAAACCGGCCCGGAACAUCCAAGUCGCCUCGUUCUCCAUCUCUCCCUCCCUUUCAUAUCGAUUUGAAUGCAGAACUCAAGUCACUUCGCGUCUCACUGCAGGUUAUGCGGGGCACUUGGUUAACUUACGAGAUCCACAGAAGUUUACUCUUCCUGACGAGCCUACCGGACUCAAAGAAACAAGCGAACAAUUUUGGUUUGCAAGUUGGAGGGCAAGUUUUCAUUGUGUCAAACGUUGCUGUCAGCGACAACGACAACGUCCGUCAUCCUCGUGUCAAGUUCUCUCUGCCGAAGCUAUCGAUUUCAGGCCAGCAUCGCAAAGAAUGCACUGAUGUCCUCGCGUUACUCGACCAUAUGGAUGUCCUGGUCAAGACUUCUCAUUGGGACACUCUGCUUGUUGUCCAACAGAAGUUCGGCCAAGACUUCUCUGAUCUUUUGAACUUGGUCAACGAGACUCGACAGAAGAGGACUACGUCAUCGGCGCCUGAAAACCCCAUUGCUGCUGCGGGUUUGCAUACAUACAAUGCCAUUUUUAAGCUCAAAGGGUUCCGAGCAGGUCUACAGGGCAUAUCCUCGACUUUCUAUCUGGAUUGCGAAGAUGUCGGAGGGUUUGUAACCAACAAGGCUGGUUUGUCGUGGCAAUUGCGGAUGCAAGACCUUGCUCUCUCACUGGCUCUUCAAGCACGCGAUUUGGCUCCCCAUCUCGGUUUCAAUAGACAGCAUCGUUCGGUCUUCGUUGUAGUUGAUGUCAAAGCUGGAGCCAGUUCGGAUACAUUACAAGUGGCGGUCCCCAAGAUUGAGGCGGUCAUGCAACCAAGUUCCAUUGGGGAGCUCGGAGAUUUUAUUGACCAUCUUCAGGCGGAUAUGCUCAUACGGGAGGACCAGCGGGCUGCCGAGCUUGCAGCAUUCAAAGAAAAGGCACAGACUGUAUUGAAGACAUUCGAAGUGAAGGUGAACGAUGUGAACCCAGAGCCUCAGCCAUCAUGGCUAAGCAAGCACACCAUCGAUGUUAUGGUCGAGAACAUCGGUGUCGCAUUUCCUCUCACGUUAGACCAAGACCUCGAUCUGCCGAAGUCAGGAGGUGUCUCUUCACCCUCUAUUCGAGCAUUCCUCUUUGCAGUACGCCGCAUUAAAUUCAGCUCCCAGAAAGGAGAAGUAGGGCAAAUGUCAACGAAAGACCUCUCCUUCCAGUUUGUUCCAAGCUUCAGGCAAACUGCGUCCGAAGAUUUCAUAGCUUCAAGACACCAGACACGUAACCGUCUCUUGUAUCCAAUGAUGUCUGCUCAACUCCGCGCUACCCGAAAUUAUGCUUCUCAAAGCAUCUCUGUAUCGGCUGACGUUAGCGGAUUUGUACUGGAACUGGAUUCAAAGAUCCCGGAUUAUGUUUUCUCCUUAAUCGACGUGUAUCGCCAAGGGAAAGAGCGAAUGGAUCAGCUAGCUGUGGGCAAGCCAAAGAUACAAGAACCACCAGACAACAACGAACUACCCCAACAUUUCAUAUCUCCGGGUGACGACAGAGGUCCGGUACAAGGUGCUCUUUCAAACGUCUGUGCCAACCUCAUAUUCCGGAGCGGCGAGGUUCACGUCCAUUGCGAUACCCGGUCAUUUGAUUCCGUGUUCCCAAUGCGCCCAGAAACUGAGUUCUUCGACCUUCCAAACGUGUCUGUCUGGCUGGAGUAUCGCGCAUCUUCCCGCCUUGAUUCCGAAAAGAUGGCACCUUCUAUGUUACUCUUCAAUAGUACCAUUCACUCCAGCCAGAACACACUUAGGCCAACAUUGCUCCCCUUCGUGACUGACAUCGUCGACUAUGUUCAGACGAGGUUACGACAUACAAGCCGACAGCCCACCGUGGUUUCUCCAUCUAUGCCAGAGGUUAACGUGGAUUUAGCAACUUCUGCUGCGUCGCGGACAAUCAACAACUUCCAGGAGAAUUCUAGUCUCCAGAUCAUUUUCAGCCUUCGUAUUGAUAAGUCAACACUCGAACUUACUUGCCGCCCCGACGUCAACGUAGUCGCCGGGCUCCGGUGGCAGAGCGGAGGGUUCAUCGUUAACAUUCUCCCCGGAGCCCAUCGAAUGACCUUUUCUGGAAGCGUGGAUGGACUGACAGCGGGACUCAAGCAUGGCUUCUUGAGCGAAGACUGUGUCAGACUUGAUGCUCGUAACCUUGCCUUUUCGUUAACUUUUGCAAAACAAGAAUAUCAGGAUGGAAGUAUCAAUAGUGCCAUCUCGCUUACUCUGGCCACGGAUAUUUCUGGCGUUGUUCGUUUCUCCCGUCUCCAGGACGUGCUGUGUUUUAAAGCUGUCUGGUUGGACCGCAUUCCUGUGUUUGCAGCGCAACGGUCUGCUGCCUCAUUACCAGCCGCUGUCUCUACCGUUCCGAGUGAAGCUGUCGGGCAGGAAUUAACGACCGUGAUCCUCAUUCGCUUACGGCGCAUUAACGUAGAAGUUGACCUUGGUCAAUCGAUCACAAAUGUGACCCUUAAUCUUGAGAACGCUACAGCUCGGACUAGGUUUUCUGAGGCGUCCUCCGAAGUGUCCUUCUUUGUUUCACAAGUGGAGAUUCUCGCCAAAGGCAACAUCGCUGGUGUUGUCACCGUCCCUAACUGCGUUUUCCAGACUGUCCGCCGAAAUGAAGAUAUUUUCCUCGAAGAUGGGAGCAUAGGGAAGAUGCUCGAGCUCAACAUGACAAGCGGAUCGCUAGUGGCAAUGAUUGAAUCAGACCAACAGCCACUGUUACAUUAUCGUGCCGAGCCUGUUCAUAUCUCAAUCGGCGAUGAUUGGUCGUUUGUUGCAGUUGCGACUACCAAAGAGUUUGACUCGUCAACCAACCCUCUCAUGCUGUCCUUCUCCGUCUUCGGCACCGAGAUCGUGGCAAUGGCGACCAUUGCUACGAUACCCAAGAUAUUGUCCUAUGUCAAGAAGUUCAAGGCAAACAUUGAUGCUCAGCGUGAAGGCGCAAGCUUGGAAUCGGCAGCCUUCCGAUUCACUCAGUCUCCAAAGCCUGACAAUCCGUUGUCAGAAGUUGCAUCCGCAAUGCUUAGCUCUGCUAGAAGUCGCUUUAAGGAGGCUGAAUCUGACCUUCGCUAUCUCAUCUGCCAACAGAUGAGCUUCGAGCUUAGCCUGCUACGUCUGGUUGUAUUCCCUCGUACGAUGGUGGAUAUGGAAUUUGCCCAGUUCACCGGGCGGGAUGUGCAUGCUAGUCUAGAACGCGUAGUGCAGGAUGGCUCGCCUUCUAAACGUGUUAUCAAUCUCGCAUUCACUACUCUCGGCAUCUCGAAGCUGAGCCGCAAUCACCAUCUCCAUGUUCCACCAAGUAUUUCGGCCCCGAAAGACAAGGAGUGGAUAGAGUCGCUGCUUCGUCAUACAGCGGAGGCUACCAUCGUUGGUCUACCGUCAAUGACGAUACGGAUGUCUUCGGAGGAAGAACUCAAAGACUUUUCAAUCACCCUGAUAUAUGACUUCGUAUCAGAGUUCUCUCGGCAGGAAGAAGGCAAGAAACAUGAGGAUAUUUUCAUCACGCUGAACGUCUCCUUGUACUCAUGGCUGACUGGGCUGCGCAAGACGUUGUCAAGAGAGAUGGACCAACUGCAGGGGACAACCCAAGAUUGGCGAAGCGUGCCGGGUUCGGCAUCACCGCCUUCUGCCUCGGAGAUCAUGUCUACCCGCAAUGGAGGCGGCCAAUCCCCUACACUACCGUCCGCUAGGUCUCCGGUCCUAGACCCCCGCAAAGUUACACCUCUAACAUCCUCAAGGGGUUUAGCAUCGAGUAUGGAUACUGAUGCAUCCCCAGCUCUCGAGCAAGACGUUGUCGUGGAAGAUGAUCUUAUACCUGCUUCGGAUGUACCUGCCUCCGUGGAGAAACAAUCGAAUGGGAUCGUUUACAAAGCACGAACCAGGCACAUCGAGAGGCUUACAAUGCGCCAGCUUGGGGAGGCGACCCCAGAUGUUAUGCAUCCGUUCUUCAUGAAGAAGGCUGGGUUCAGUCUCGAAGAUUCGUUCCCUCAAUACGUUCACGAGUAUGCUACCGUGCCGCUGGAAGGAAUCAUGGAGGCUUUGCUCAAAUUAUACAGCAAGCAACUACGUACGGACAAGAAGCACAUCAAUUAACAUUCCUUUUUUUCAUUCUCGACGCCUUUAUAAUACCCCUACUGUAUAUAUAUCUACCAUUCAUUUUUGUUGAUAGACGUGCCCACAAAUAUU